AAAUUGUUAGCUACUCGCGAACGUCGACAACAUCAGGGCCGUGAACCCAUAGCUAUUCGGGCGAGCCUUGCGCGACAUCAGCACUUCCAUCCCAAAUUCGACACCUUCAGAAAUCCACCCUCCAAGACAAAAUGGCCGACCAGAGCGCUGCUUGGCCGAUUGCCGAUGCUGCACUGAGCCAGGAAAUUCUCGACCUUGUCCAGCAAGCCAGCCAUGCCCGCCAGCUCAAGAAGGGAGCCAACGAGGCUACGAAGACUCUGAACCGUGGUAUCAGCGAGAUCAUCAUUCUCGCGGCCGACACUACCCCUCUGGCUAUCCUGCUCCAUCUUCCACUUCUUUGCGAGGACAAGAACACUCCAUACGUGUAUGUUCCAUCCAAGAUGGCUCUCGGCCGCGCCUGUGGUGUAUCUCGGGCAGUCAUCAGCUGCAGCAUCACUACCAACGAGGCUUCCGAUCUUAUGGGACAGAUCCGCGCACUCAAGGACAAGGUCGAACGCUUGAUGAUCUAGGUUGCUAUCUUCGAUGAAAUUUGAUGUCGAAGUGAAUAGAGUCGCUGGCUUCUGUCAAGUAUCACUUGGCUUAGCAAAAGGCAUCGCCGGAACAGCCUACUCAGUAACGGGAUAGCUUUCUCAACAGGAAUUUUGGAGAUCGACUCGAAGCCACUUACUGAACGAAGCGUUUUUUCAGUGUCUGGUUGCUACAAUGCUCGGCUCAUCUCUUUUUGCUAGACACUACUGACCAUUUCUCCUUGAUAAUGAUGCAGCGCAUUUGUACAGGUCACCAACGAAAUCUGCCUCAUAGCAACAAUGUACGGACCGAAUAGGCAUCAUACGAGUUCGAGAUGAAGUGGUCUUGCAAAUAUCGGGCCUUGCGCCUACCAACCUAAAGGUGAAUGCUCACGGAUGGAAGUGAUGAAGAACGGACUGAACGAAAGACGAAGUUGCGGGAACAGUAUUUUCUCGCUCGAUAUAGUUACCGAACAAACGACGAAACGUUAGCAGUUGCCAGACCACCAUCGUGCCAGCCGCCGAAGUU